GGGGUUGGGGGCGGCGCCACCUGACUGUUGCGGAAGCAGGUACCGAAAGCUUUUUGCGGCAUGGUGGACAUUUUCCGGCCACGGCUGACUACAGGUGCGAGGGCUCCGAGGGACCGCUACCCGCGUGGGGAAGCUACUGGGGCGCCGCGCCCGUAAUGAGCUGCCCGUUAGCGUUUGGAGAGAUCCAGCCUCCGCGUCUCCCGGGACUUUUCGAACGCUGCUGUGCCCAGAGUUCCAGAACCCACGGCUUUCAUGCGUGGGCGUUCUAGAACUCCGGCCCGCGGACGUUCGGAGAUGCCAGGAAGGCGAGCGGUCUUGUUGCCGCUGCUCGUGACCGGGGCCUUCCUCGCCGCGCUGCUGGAGCCGAGCCGGUGCCAGGAGCCUCAAACUCCGGAUUGGAAGAUGACAUUGAAGACUAUCAGAAACGGCGUUCAUAAGAUCGACACGUACAUAAAUGCCGCUCUGGAUCUUCUGGGAGGAGAAGAUGGACUCUGUCACUAUAAAUGCAGCGAUGGAUACAAACCUUUACCUCGCUAUGGCUAUAAACCUUCACCACCCAACGGAUGUGGUUCUCCACUUUUUGGAGUUCAUUUUGACAUUGGCAUCCCCUCAAUGACAAAAUGCUGCAAUCAACAUGACAGAUGUUAUGACACCUGUGGGAGCAAAAAAUAUGAUUGUGAUGAGCAGUUUCAAUAUUGCCUUUCAAAGAUCUGCAGAGAUGUGCAGAAGACAUUAGGAAUACCUGAGUCUGUGCAAGCUUGUGAAUCUACAGUGCAACUAGUGUUUGAUACAGUCAUACAUCUCGGAUGCAAGCCAUAUCUUGACAGUCAGAGAGCUGCAUGUGUAUGCCAGUAUGAAGUCAACAGAGACCUGUAACAAGAUUUUUCUGAAGGAUAGAGCCCUUUGUUGUUACAAAGCUGUCCUAAGGAUACAGUGAGCAUGCAAAUGGACUCACCAGAAGACAUGAAUAUGUAUAUUUUUAUGUAGCACUUGUUUCGUCAGCUAUGUAUGCAUUCUUAAACUAUAAGGAUCUAGGGCACCUCUUUUAGAGAUGAAAAGGAUAUUUUAGCAAGUGCCUUAAGUAGAUAGUAUUGUCAAUGAAUGCUACUCUAAACUGAAGGAAGUGAAUCAUGAAGUAGGUCAAUCCUUGGGGUCACAAUGAAUCAAUAUCUUUUGGUUGAUUUGUCUUAUAGAAGAAAAGUACCCAAAAAGGCAAAAACCAAAUAUUUGAAAGACUUUUUAAAAAAUGACUGACAACAUUCAGUUAUUUGUAUUUUGAUAUUGUGUGAUGUAUAUAAUAUUUGUCCCUACCACAAAAUAACUGUUUUACAGCUAUCCAAGGGUAUUGUAAUUCUGUGAAAACAAUAUAUAGUUUAUAAACUAUUUAAAAAAUGUCCAUUGAAGAGAAAUAUCCUAUCAUGAAUUGAAAAACCAGAAAAUGUUUGAUACAAAGAUAUUUGUCCUUUAUUGUGUAUGCUGUUUAAAUAUUACAUCCCUUUUAUUCUAGAAUAUCUCAAAAAUUAAUUUUAAGACUAAUUUAUCAUUCUUUCUCAUGGUUAUGAAUCACUUUAACUAUGCAAGGAUUCUUUAUGGAUUGUCACAAUCUCAUUGUUGUUUUUUUACAUCAAAGUUUUAUAUAAUUCUCAGUGUUUCUAUAAAUAAUCUCUACUGAAGCAAAUUCUGCCUCAAUAUAAAAAUUGCUGAAUUCAUAUUACUUGAAAAGUGGUAUUUGAUGCAAUUUCAUCUAGUGCCUUAUUAAUGAACUGGACAUUUAAAAAGUGAAUAGGUAUGAAAUAAAAUUAUCUGUUUAGAAAGGGAAAAAUUAAACAUUAAUUUAAAUUGAA